AUGGAAAAGAAAAAGGAAAGUGAUCGUCGAAAUCCCCGUUUGGUUAGAGCAAUUGAAAAUAGUGAGGAAAAUGGUUUGUGGGUAAGGGCUGCAGGUUGCGGUGGACCAAGAUGGAAGGGGAGGGAUGCUGUUAUCAAAGUUAUUAGUGAACUUGCCCGAGAGAUUGCUAGGAAAGACGGUGAAAUUGAAAUCUUGCGUGAACGAGCUGCUGAACAGGACAGAUUAGUUCGGGAACUUCUUUCGGUAUUGCGGUCACACAUGUGUUUACGCUUCACUUUUAUGAAAUUUGCUAAGCACUUUAUUUCCAACUACUCUAAUGAAGAGAUUCGGUGUCUCCUUUGUGAUCAGCUAGAUGUUAUCAGGGAGCAGGAGAAUAAUGAACUUUUCCGUAAACUUUUUGCGGAAGAAUUGACCAACUGGUCUUACCAAGAAGUUUUUCCCGAUGGUCAUAAUUGCCUCAACGCUUUUAGAGCUACAGCCAAUUGCUCAAAUGACCGUGGUAUUGACUGUUACUGUAAAGAGUGCAGCUUACCAAAUAUUUUGAAGGAUACUAACCUUAUAGGGCAAAUUCACUUUCUUUUCAAUGAGUUAGUUUCUUUGAUGGUUCUAAUAAUGACGAGAUACUCAUCGCAGGAUGGGUAUGGUGAGGAACAUCCAAUAGUCUUUCUUAAUCGGCAUCAGGAAUCAAAAGAAAUUCUAAGAAACACCUAUCAUUUAUCGUCAAAUUCUCAUUCGGGAACGGGUAGAACCAGACAUCGCAGUGGGUCUGGUGAAAGAUCGCCGAACUCUUACAACGCAUAUAACCUUCGAAAUUCCGCUCACUUGAGUCAGGGGCUACUAAGGGAACAAGUUGAGGAAAGUGAACGUAGAUCUAUUGCACAGGUAAACGACGAAGUACGUUCUAGGCAAAAGGAAGGUGGAUCUUGCCACCGAAGCUUUUCAGAUGCCUUACCUCAUGUCCCGAGAAAUGUUAAAGUUAAUGAACCAAAAUUUCCAGCAGUUGAUAAGGUUGCGCAAGGUGAUUUUCGAUUUAUUAGGUCAGCAUCAGCUGAUUUGGUGCAUAGCGAUAAAGUUAAAACUGCCGUUCAUCUGAAAUCAUGUGGACCACUCUUUCAGAAGUCUAUUACUCUUUCUGUUAAGUAUGCGUCUCACACCAUACCGAGCAUUUUUUCGUUUGAUUUUGCAGAAUUUUUUCAAAACAUAAAUGGAUGCUGA